GUGCCGCUGCCCGUGAAACCCAGCCAACCCUUUCACUAUCGCUCAUUCGCCUUCUAUUUUCUUUUUGUCCAACCCGAUGCGCCUGCCUUAUGCAUGGCCACGGUCCAUCAACCACCCGACCGAUGAAGACGUGUUCGCGUUGGUCGUCCUGCGGCCCUCUUGCUUGCUUCAGCACCAAUCUCAGGCCCCCUUCGCUUCUCAUGCAUCCUAUCGCCUGCGCUGUUUGCUCAAAAUCCAGGGUGCUCCAUCUAAUCACACUUUUUGUGUCAAUUCUAAAAGUACUAUCUGAGCUGCCACAGUAGAUGGAAUGAAAUAUCUUGUGCCGUGGCAUGGCAAAGCCCUCCUUCUUUCAGGAGGAUGGAGCUUUUUUUUUAUCACAUUUAGACGGCGGUCUAUUUUUCAUCUUCGUUCUCCGCUUCCUACACGCAUCUGGCGACGGUUCAGUCGUCCAUGGCACUGGGAGGGAGGGGGGGUUUUUUUUCUUUUUUUUUCUUUGGAUGGG